GGGUAUGUUCGUCAUGUAAACACAUUCCAAUUCCUUAAUAGAGAACAGAUCAACUACGCUGCUUCUUGCAGACGAUAACGUCAACAACACCAUACCAAACAAACCCCCAAAAGUCUCAAAGACAUCUCAAAACCCACAGAGAACAAAAAAAACAAGAUCGAUAACAAAAAGACGUUACCUUUCAUUGAUCUCAGUUCUCUGCAAAUGAGUUAAUCCUCCAUAGGCUGCCAUGUUGAAGCAGCCAUGGUCACCGCUUCGUCUCCUUCCUCAUCUUACCCUAACUUUCCUCUCCUCGAUUCUCCUCCUCCUCCCUCAUCAUUCCUUUUCUCAAUCAGAUUCUCCACAAAACAUCGAAACCUUCUUCCCAAACGAAACCCUCACCGCUCCGCCUCCCUCUCCGGUUCCUCUCCCGCAGCAAAACCCACAAUCACCAUCAUCAUCAUCAUCAUCGGACAGAGAAAAGAUCACGAGGGCUAUACUCAUAACGGCUGCAAGCACCUUACUCGUAGCGGCCGUGUUCUUCCUCUUCGUCCAUAUUUACACCGUGCGGCGAAGACGACGGAGAGACAGAGUCAUUAACGUCGCGAACACCCUCCCGCCAGCUCCUCCGCUUGCGGAGGCGGCGUUAGCUCGCGAGGGGUUCACGAGAUUCGGAGGAAACGUCAAAGGUUUGAUCUUGGAUGAGAACGGUCUCGAUGUGUUGUAUUGGAGAAAGUCUCAGAGUCAGAGAGGCAACAAAAGCGGAAGCUUUCGCAAAGAGAUCGUUCACGGAGACGACGACGACCAAGAGAAGAAUGUGAUUUAUUCCAAGAACAAGAAGAAGUCGGAGAUGCCUCUUCUCAGAGGAAGAUCCUCCACUUCUCACAGUGUAGUCCACAACCAUCCUCCUCCUCCGGUAAAGUCAGAGUCUUUCGAGUUUGCUAAACCGGAUCCUCCACCUCCUCCGCCGCCUCCAGUUAACCAAACAGCACCAGCACCUCCUCCUCCUCCUCCUCCCUCUAGGUCUAACGGUCCUUCUCCGGCUCCGCCACCACCUCCACCGUUGAAGAAGACGGCAGCUCUGUCAAAACCACCGCCGGCUCCUAGAGGAUCAUCUUCAGGGGAAGGCUCAAGCUCCGAGAAUGGUCAGGUCAAACUAAAGCCUCUUCAUUGGGAUAAAGUCAACCCUGACUCUGACCAUUCAAUGGUUUGGGACAAAAUCGACCGUGGCUCAUUCAGCUUCGAUGCUGAUCUAAUGGAAGCUCUCUUCGGCUACGUAGCCGUGGGAAAGAAGUCACCGGAUCACGAGAAGCCUAGCUCAACCACUCCUUCACAGAUCUUCAUCCUCGACCCGAGAAAGUCACAGAACACAGCCAUCGUGCUCAAGUCCUUAGGUAUGACACGUGACGAGCUAGUCGAAUCGUUAAUGGAAGGAAACGACUUCCAUCCCGACACACUCGAGAGGCUUGCGAGGAUAGCUCCAACGCAAGAAGAACAAUCAGCGAUCCUCCAGUUCGACGGCGACACCACAAAGCUAGCCGACGCUGAGUCCUUCCUGUUCCAUCUCCUCAAAGCGGUUCCCAGCGCGUUCACUAGACUCAACGCGUUGCUCUUCAGAGCUAACUACUACCCAGAGAUUGCUAACCAUAGUAACUCUCUCAAGACGUUAGACGCUGCUUGUACGGAGCUGAGGUCGCGUGGCUUGUUCGUCAAGCUUCUCGAAGCGAUACUUAAAUCCGGAAACAGGAUGAAUGCGGGAACAGCUAGAGGAGACGCUCAAGCUUUCAACCUCACGGCAUUACUAAAACUCUCUGAUGUGAAGAGUGUUGACGGGAGAACGACGCUGCUCAACUUCGUGGUGGAAGAAGUGGUUAGGUCAGAAGGGAAGCGGUGUUUGAUUAACAGAAGGAGCUUAAGCAGAACCAGUAGCAGUUCCAUCUCCGAGGUUAUAUCGAAAGAGGAGCAAGAGAAGGAGUAUCUUCGACUCGGUUUACCUGUUGUCGGAGGGCUAAGCUCUGAGUUCUCAAACGUUAAGAAAGCUGCAAGUAUAGAUUACGACACGGUCUCCGCGACUUGCUUGGCUCUCACGUCAAGAGCUAAAGAAGCGAGACGAGUGUUGUCACAAUGCGGAGGAGACAACAGGUUUGUCGAGAAGAUGGUUGAGUUUCUCGACGCGGCCGAGGAAGAGGUGAAGGUGGCUAGAGAGGAAGAGAAGAAAGUGAUGGAGCUUGUGAAGAGGACAACGGAGUAUUACCAAGCGGGAGGGCCUGCGAAGGGGAAGAACCUACUUCAUUUAUUUGUUAUCGUUAGAGAUUUUCUUGCGAUGGUUGAUAAAGUAUGCGUAGAGAUCGCGAGGAACUUGCAGAGGAGAACAACGGGAAGUCCUCAGCAGCAGAGGAACGCUGUUAAGUUUCCUGUUUUGCCUCCGAACUUCAUGUCGGAUAGGUCGAGAAGUGAUUCUGGUGGAUCAGAUUCCGAUAUGUGAAUGCCUGAGAUUUGUUUGGUUUUGUAUAUAAUAGAAUCAAUUUGGGUUUUGAUUAUAUGUUUUCUUUUGCAUGAAAAAGUUUUUGAAGUGUUGAUAAUAUUAGUAGCAUAGAGUUUUUACAUUGCUUAUCAGUCAGACAGCCUAAAGAAACUAGGCUUGCUCUGUUUAUAGUUGUGAACAAUGUUGGCUCAGUUUCCUCA